AUAACCUCUAGUUUAUCUAGUCACGUGAGGAAGUGAGCCAACGAUAUCAGUAAAUUGUUGGUUGUUAAUUUAUUUAGUCAUUGCGAAUACUUGUAGGAGAAAGUGUAAGCUUAAAUAACAGACGUUUUAAAGCUGCGCAGGCGCUUAUUUUAGUUUUUUUUUUAACGCGAACUAACGAGGAAGGGAAAAUGUCCGGAGAAGCUGUCGUCGUCACACUGGAAACGGGCAUCGGGGCCCCCACGUCGUUCCCCGUUGUUCUGAAGAAAAUAAUGGAAAUGCCUCCGCCGAAUAUACUGGACGGUGAUGAAGACACUGACAAGGAGAAGCUGGGUCUGGAUGACAGUGCCGACCUGGGCGGAGGAAUCAGCGAGAUGGGGCCGUCAGCCGCCCUCACACCCGCUAUCUGGGACAAGACCAUCCCCUAUGAAGGCGAGGACUUCCACCUGGAGUACAUGGACCUCGAGGACUUCCUCAUGGAGAACGGCAUAUCCACGUCACAGGGAGAAGAUUCCUUGCAGGGGAGCAUUUCGAUGGGAAAGAAGAAGGCCGUCAAAACCGAGGUUACGCCGGCCAACGUGGGCCUGCUGCCCAUUGAUGACCUGGGCAAGUGUGAUGAGGAGGUGGUGAUCAUCACUAACUGUGAGACAGACAUCACGUGUGAUGUUUCGUCAGAAGUAAAAACAGAAGCAGAGUGCACGUCCUCAGAGCCUGUCAAUCCUGACGAAAUUGAAGUCGAAAUCAACUACGAACCAGACCCCACAGACCUGGUCUUGUCUAGUGUACCGGGGGGCGAACUCUUCAACCCCCGCAAACACAAGUUCAGCGAAGAAGAGCUCAAGCCUCAGCCCAUGAUUAAGAAAGCUAAAAAGGUGUACGUUCCUGAAGAACAGAAGGACGAAAAGUACUGGCAGAGACGAAACAAAAACAACGUGGCAGCCAAGCGCUCACGCGACGCCCGCAGACUAAAAGAGAACCAGAUCACGGUGCGAGCGGCGUUCCUGGAGAGGGAGAACUCGGUUUUGAGGACGGAGGUGGCGGACCUCCGCAAGGAGUGCAGUUCCUACAAGGACAUCGUGGGUCACUACGAAGCCAAAUUUGGAAAACUUGCGGUGCCAGAAGACCACAUUUGAUUUAUUUUUACAACACGUGAAUAAACAAAUGACACACACAGAACAGUUUAAUAGACCGGGUGUAGAAGAGGAGGAGCCACAGCAGCAGUGUGUGCGCAAUGCAAAGCAAUACAAGCUAAUACAAUGUAGCUGUACUUUUUUUAAUCAUCCAUGUAAGUGAAUAAGAUGAUAGUCAAAUACAUAACAGAAUUUAAUUGUCAUUACACUUUAAAAACUACAACCAAAUUAGUUUUCAAUGCAUUGCCCCGAUGUGUAUUUUCAUUUAAGUGAUAAUUAUGGGUUUCGUUGUACAGUAUAUCUUUAAGGGAGCGAUUACAAUAUUUCAAAGAUGGUAUAGUUGGUUCAUCUUCACAUGUCUUUUUUAAAAAGAAGUGUCUUUUUUCAUUGAUAGUAAAUGACUGGGACAUGUCUUCAGGGGAUUAGUGAUAUUCUGUGAUUCCUGUUUCAGUUUGUGUGUCUACCGCUCUUAUUUCUGCACAGCAGAUCCUACUUGAAAUUGUCUCAUAAGUUGAAAAAAGAUCUAUCAAAUGUAAACAAUCUGAUGAUUUUACAAUUCCUGUCCACUUGACAGUACAAAGACAAAAACCAGAGAAUGCAUCUUUUGCAUGGCUGUAAAAGUGUUUAAAUCAUUUGAACAACACUUUAAGCUUAAUGAUAGGCAUGGGUGUCUUUACAGAAGGCACAAUUAAACAGUUAUAUUUGAUUCCUAGUUUUUUUGGCUCCGUUAGGAUUUUUUUUUGUCUUGUCUAAAUCAUUUCAUAGCCACACAAUAAAGUACGUAUUUUAUUAAGUGUCUAUAUUCCCCACUGCUGUGCUUCCAUCCAUUAUUUUACUUAAACUAUUCUUUUUCAGUCUUUGACUCAUCUUCUAACAGCCACGACUCUAUAUAUCUCAUAAAUAACUAGUCUUAUUUGUUUCCAUUCAAAUCCAGUAACAUUGAUGUAAUGUUGAUAUCAUAUAAAUAUUGGGCUUCCUGACUUGUUCAAGUUGUUCCAAUGCAAUCCGAAUUGCAAAGCAGGACACGUUUUGAGGGGAUUCUGUCAUACUUCUGUCUUUGUGAAGUAGUAUUUUGAAUUUAUGGGUGUGGUUACCUUCAUGUACAUAUACUGUGUAUAAAUAAAGCCUUGUUGACAAAA